GCUCGAAAUGAAGUGGGCAAUCGUUUUGAUAGUUGCCCAGGUGGUGCAUCACAUUGCGGGCGAGCAAGCCUAUGUGGUCAGCAAUGAGCAGUUGGAGCCCUUCGAGGGCGACUCGGAGACGCUUGUCAUUUUCGACAAUCUGAAGACAAUCGGACGGGAACGUGCGAUCAACGGUUCCUUCUCAUUUCUGGGCGACAUGGACAACGACGACUUCAAGGUCUCUGUGGAGCUCUACUCCAGUCCCAACAACGAUGGCGACUUCAAGCGCAUGGUCUUCGAUGUGCCGCAGACCAGCAUCUGCGAGUGCUUCAAGAAGUUCUAUGUGCAGUUCGUGCAGCCGUCGGUCAGCGACGGUGAGACCACGAAUUUUCCACUCGUCGGCGAGGACACCUGCCCCAUACCCAAGGGCGAGUACUAUAUCAAAAGCGUGCUGUUCAAUACGCAGGAUUGGCCCGAGCAAGUGCCACGCGGCAUGGUCAAGGCCAUCAUAACGUUCUUUACCGGUGGCAAGAAUGUGGGUGGAUUUAUAAUGGUGGUGAAGAUCGAGGAUCGUCAGAAUUAGGAGCUGGCAAUCUACAUCCAUUUAUCUAAUAUUUUAUUUUAACUAGCAAUAAAGGUCUUUGAA